AUGUCAGUCGCCAUUGUUCCUGUACACCAUGGAAAAACACUUGCAGAUUCUCUGGUGGCUGCUGCUGAUGAUAUUAUUGCGCAAGAAACUGCUACUGCUCAUGUAGACCAUGGAGAAGAUAAGAUAAGAAAAUCCACGCUUACAUAUUCUCUGGUGGCUGCUGCUGGUAUGAUAACGCAAGAAACUGCUACUGCUCAUGUAGACCAUGAAGAAGAUAAGAUAAGUGAUUUACCUGAUGAACUAAUUCAUCACAUUCUUUCUUUCCUUCCAAUUAAAUAUUAUAUGUCUACAUCCAUUUUAUCCAAAAGAUGGAAAUAUUUAUCCGACUCUAUACACACACUUGAUUUUCGUGAGUGGCUGACGACUGAACCUGAAAAACGCUCGAAGACUAUCCGGAGAGUGAAGAUUUGUGCUCCUAAUCUGUCUACCAUCAGUUACACAGGAGAGAUACCGGCAGACUUUGUUAUCGGCAGUUUUCCAUCACUAGUUGAGGCCGUUAUUGACAUACCAUACACAGCCAAAAGGCCCAAAACAUUUGUCCUAUUCAAGCUUUUCGGAAAGGUUUCUAAUGUAAAGCUUCUUAAAAUUUUCGGCGACUCCUUUCUGGUUCCAAGGGAAGCAGAAAUCCUCCUAACCAAUUUGCGUGCAUUUAACAAUUUGAUACAUCUGGAAGUUGGUUCAGAUUUUACUUGCACGAGUUUUGCUUCAGCUUCUGGUUCGACAUUGAGAAUUUCGUUCAGGCUUCUCGAGCUCUCGCCUUAUCUAGAAUCAGUUGUCAUUGCUAAGGCAAGUCACCCACUUCUUUUUGGUAAAACUGUUGAUUCUAGAAUACCAUUUCCUGCACUGAAGAAGAAGGUGAUAAUUGUUGGUUACUUGACCCUAAGUGUUCACUGCAGCACCUCCGGUCAAUCAAAUUCAACUAUUUCGAUGGGAACCAGUGGAGAAAGAGGAAGAAUAAUGGAGGAUCCCGUGCUAGUGUUGGCUACUUGGCUUAAACAUGCAGUCAUGCUUAAACAUGUAGUCAUUUAG